GGCUGGUUCUGGGGCAAAUGUCUGCUCCCGGCGGCAGCGUCGUGUGUCAACCCGGAGGUCUCCAGGGCGCUGGGCUGUGGCUUUGCUGGGGCCAGACCCGGCUGGGGGCCCCACUGGGCUGCCGCCCCCCAUUGCGGUGACGUGGCAGGUGUGGGGUGGGUUUGUGGAGUUGUAGCUGAGCCCUUGGGGGGGGGAUGCAGGGGAUUGUGCCAGGGAGCUUGCCCCUCCCACCCCCCCAGAACGGGGCACUGCCCCCGGGUCACCCCCUGCCCUUGUGAUCUCCUCAGUCCCUACACGGCGGGUCUGGUGGGAUCCCCUUUGCGCCGCCCCACUCGCCUGGGUCUGGCGCCUGGCUAAAGCCCCAGGGACGAGGGGGUGGGGGGAGCUGGUGCUCGGUGCCGCGGGGGCUGUUUGGGCGGCCCCUGCGCUGGCCCUUCCGGGCUGGGCCAAGGCCACUGUGGGACUGGGCUGUUGCUUUGUGGGUUGCUGGCUUGGUCUCCCCAGGGUGGGCUGGAUACCCCCUGCUGCCCCUUGGCCCCCGGCCCUGCAGGCUUGUUGGCACUUGUUUGCCCUUGGGCAGCAUCCACCACACAUGCUGUUUAUUUCAGGCGGGCCCCAGCCCCUGGAGGGGGUAUAAAUAGGGGCUGACGCUGCCCAGGGCCCGGACAGGUGCACGGCCGGAAUGCCAGCCGCAGCCAGCGGGGCGCCCGGGCAGCCGUGACGGGAGAUGGCAGAGCAGGGACUGGCCACCCCCUUCCCCUGGGCGAGCAGGGCCCAGCCAGCCAGGGAGUGAGUGAUCCGGGGAGAGCCGUGCGCAGCCCGGAGCCAGGCCUGCCAAGGGCCCAACGACCUGGGAAUGUCCCGUUCCCACCCCCGCACUUGGCACCAGCUGGGGAGCGCGGAGCUAGUCAUGGGGAGCCGGGCUUAGCACUUCCAGCCUCCUCUCCCAGCGUCCUUCUGUGAGCCAGGCUCCCGCUCUGCCGUGAGCCGCCCCUGCUCUGUCACUCUUUCCCAGCUGUAGGGAAGGCCUGGCCUCACUAAACCCCCUGAGUUUUAAUUCAUGUUUGAAAGUGCAUCCCAUUCCCUGCCCCCUGAGCCAGCCAGUCUCCGUCCUGGGGCUGGAUGGGAGCCAGCACCCCCCAGAGGGGAAAGGCCCCGUGUCCCAUUUCCUGCCCCCCUGAGACAGCCAGUCCAAGCCCUGGGGCUGGAACCAGUGUCCCUGGAGGGGAAAGGCCCCGUGUCCCAUUCUCUGCCGCCCUGAGCCAGCCAGUCCCUGCCCACCCUGGGGUCAGAUGGCAGCCGGUGCCCCCUAGAGGGGAAAGGCCCCAUGUCCCAUGGGGAUGCCCCAUCUCCUACAUUUCAUGCCCUGGCUCUGCCCUCUACCUCUCCUGCCCCCCCUUCUCCCCAGGUAAGUGGCGACAGGUAUGAGGGGACGGUGCGGGCCUUCGAGGUGCUGGCGAGGGGAGCAGCGCAGGAGCCCGAGGGCUGGCGGCGCGGCGUGGCCGGGGUGCGGGAUGCCGUCAGCAAGGAGAAGCAGAAGGUGAAGGAAGAGAGGAGGAAGAAGCUUGAGACGCUCAACAGCUCCCGGGUGCGGCUGGAGAGUCUCCAAGACCUGGAGGACAUUGUGAGGCUGCGGAAGCACAAGAAGAGCCGGACGCGGGUGGUCCGCCCCAAGGAGCCAGAGCCGGCCGCGACGGCGGAGCCUGUGGAUGCUGCGGGGUUCCUGCAGGCGGUGCUGGAGAACCAGGUUCCCACGAUUGACAAGUACCUGGCGGACGGCGGGGACCCCAAUGCUCACGACCAGUUCAGAUGCACAGCGCUGCACUGGGCCUGCCUCCGGGGCCACACAGAGCUCGUGGACAAGCUGCUGGCGGCUGGAGCCAAGCUGGAGCCCAGGGAUAUGCUGGAGGCCACGCCCGUGCUCUGGGCCUGCCGCGGGGGGCACCUGGAGAUUCUCAAACGCCUGCUGGACAGAGGAGCCAAGAUCUCCACGCGGGACAAGCUGAGGAGCACGGCGCUGCACGUGGCCAUCCGGACGGGGCACUGUGAGUGCGCCGAGCACCUGAUCGCCUGUGGGGCCGAGAUUGACGCCCAGGACAAGGAGGGGGACACGCCCAUUCAUGACGCCAUCCGGCUGGGCCGCUUCAAGGCUGUGAAGACCCUGCUCAUGUACGGUGCCAAUCUCAGCGUCCGGAACCAGGAGGCCCUGCGACCCGUGGACCUGGUGAAGGACUGGCAGAGGGGCAUCCGGCAAACCUUGCAGGCGUGUGCCAACCGGCAGCGCCCCCCUCGGCAGCACUGACGUAGCAGAACCAGCGUUCAUUCCCCCCCCGCCCCCGUGACCACCAAAGGGGGCGGGGGGGACCAGGGCGCUGCCCUGAGCUACCCCAUACCCCCUGCAGGCUGUGCUCAUCCUCACACGGCUCCCACACCUAGCCAGGGGACGCCAACCUGGGGACAGUGCCACCCAUCCUAGCACUGCCCUUGGGAUGGGGUGAGGUUGGUCCUAGGCAGAGGAUUGACCCUGAUGCUCCCCCAUUCCUGGUCCCCUGGGGAUGCUUCCCUUUGCCCAGGUGAGUCACUUGCCGUCCCUGAGGGAAACUGAGGCAUGGAGGGGCUAAGCCUUGCCCAUGGCUGGUUAGUGGAAGAGCUGAUGAUGAAGCCAGGAGUCCUGCUGUUUCUCCCAGCCCCACUCAUCUCUCUGUGGCCAGCAGCAAAAGGAGAGGUACUGCCCUGGGGUUUGAGCUGACCCCCCACCUGUCCCCUCUUCUGGGCAGGCGAGCCCUGCGGCCUUCCCAAGGCUGUGUGCUGUAGGGAACACGGCUGCCCCCGGGGCCUAAGCACACAGCCCCCACUGCACCCCAGUCAGCUGGAGGCAUGGGGCUGGGCUGGGGUGCCCCCUAACUGCGGGGAGAGGCUGACCUGGCCCUGGGGGUAGAGCAUGGUGCAGUGAGACGAGGCUGCAGGGCCCAGUCCCAGCCCAGGUUCCUGGCUGAUGGAGGCAGGCGGCUUUCCCGGCUGGGGGGAAACGGGGGGGAAUCUCCUGCCCUCGGCCGCUUCCACUGUCAGUCUGUGCCCUGGGCCAGCUUCUGGCCAUGGCUGCCCCCGAAGGGUGUGCAGGCCCCCGCCCCCGCCAUGGGCUGGCAGGGCCUGGCCCCGGCCCCUCCUUGUACUAGUGCCUGAGGGCUCCUGCUGCUGCUCCCCCCGCCCCCAUGGCCAAGGGGACAGGCUGCACCCAGCCUUGCCCUUGUCCCCCAGCAGCCAGCCCGCAGCAAUGAGCGUCCCCUGGGCUCAGGCUCCAGCCAGCGGGGAACAGCAGCAGGAUAGGACAUGGCUGAUGGCUCGCGUGGCGGGGGGUGCCCCCUUCACAGCCUGGCACAGGACAGGUACGGCCCCCUCUGGCCUGCCUGGAGGCCGUUCCCAGAGCGCGGCUGUCCCAGGAGGAGCCGAGCUGGUUGAGAUGCCCGGGGGGGGAAGGCAGAUAGGGAGGAUGGGGGCCAAGGAACCCAUGACUCUCCAGCCAGUUAACCUGGAGCUGGGCAGGACCCACACCCU